AACUCUCUCUGCCCUGAAUAAGCAUCUCUAUAAAACACUGAGAUGCAAGUUGUGAUCUUCUGCACAAGGUUUAACAGAGGAGAAAGAAAGCGAGACGGGAGUGUUGCAUCCAAAACGCUGCCAUCAGAGGAGCUGGUUUGCAUCCUGAUAACAGCCAACCAGGUUCGCUAUUAAGACAUGGAGUCAAAAAAUGAAGGGUCAACGUCGUUGACCAGUGAGAAAUUGGCCUCUAUUGAGGAUGAAGAUGUUCUCAACAAAAUGCUGGACAGUGCAGCAGAUUUUGAAGAGAGGCGGAUGAUUCGAGCUGCUUUGAGGGAUCUGCUCAAGAAAAAGAGAGAAAAAAGGGAGCAGGAGCGCGGGGUGAGGCACCAAGACCUGAAACAGCAGGGCUUGAAUAAAGGAGGGACGACGGGAGGAGCUGUUAGCGUCGGAAGAGCAUCUAUGAACCAGCAGCCAUCGGUGAACAAGUCAGCAGGUCAGCCGUCAUCCUCCACUCCAAUCAGCAAGACCACAGGCAGGGCUGGUCCUGCUGCUGUCUCAGCCCAGAAAUGUUCCUUUGCUGAACCACCCAAUGCUAAAAAUGUCAAACAAAUGCUUCUGGACUGGUGCAGGGCCAAAACAGAGCCAUAUGAGGGGGUAGACAUCCAGAACUUCUCAUCCAGUUGGAAAGACGGCAUCGCCUUCUGCGCCUUGGUGCACCGAUUUUACCCCGACGCGUUCGAAUACUCCACCCUGAACCCCUACAAGCCCAGAGACAACUUCCAGCUGGCUUUCAGCACUGCAGAGAGGCUGGCAGGCUGCCCCCCUCUGCUGGAUGCUGAGGACCUGGUGCGGAUGAAGGAGCCCGACUGGAAGUGUGUGUACACGUACAUCCAGGAGUUUUACCGCUGCCUGGUGGAGAAGGGCCUCGUCAAAACCAAGAAGCGCCCAUAAGUCUCCGAGAGCCCAUCAGUCACUGUGAUCUUUCCAGAUAAACGCACCGAGAAAACCUGAGGUCAAAAGGAUGACUUUGUGAUCUUGUCCAGAUAAAUAUUUACCAUUCGAUCGGAGCCAUUUCACUGUGAACCAACGGUGACAAAUGGAUGGUAUUAGUUUGCAGGGAAUUGUUGCUGUCUGUGUGAUUUAAGAGAACAGCUGGUGCUUCGGGUCAGUUCAUUCCUCUGAGAUUACACAUCUGCAUUAAUCCCACUGUGAGUCUGAGGAUGACCUUCAUGAUGAUGAUGAUGAUGAUGAUGAUGAUGCUGUCCAGGACUCGCUGCAGUCUGUGCGUCAGUUAAAUAAAUUCUUAUUUCAUUAUGCAACUUGCUUCUUUUUUUUCCUGCAAAAACAAUUAAGAAAAAUUAUAUGUUUUCCAUAAACUUUGGCAUAAAAUGUGUAGACUGCAUUGUCCAAAUGCUGGGGAAUAAAAAGUGUAAUUUGUACA